AUGGCUGACAUCCAGAACAUUUCACUGGACAGCCCAGGGAGCGUAGGGGCUGUGGCAGUGCCUGUGAUCUUUGCCUUCAUCUUCCUGUUGGGCAUGGUGGGCAAUGGGCUGGUGUUGGCUGUGCUGCUGCAGCCUGGCCCAAGUGCCUGGCAGGACCCUGGCAGUACCACAGAUCUCUUCAUCCUCAACUUGGCGGUGGCCGACCUCUGCUUCAUCCUGUGCUGUGUGCCCUUCCAGGCGGCAAUCUACACACUGGAUGCCUGGCUCUUCGGGGCUUUUGUGUGCAAGACCGUGCACCUGCUCAUCUACCUCACCAUGUAUGCCAGCAGCUUCACGCUGGCCGCUGUCUCAGUGGACAGGUGA